GCGACGGGCAUUCGAGGCUUGCGGCGGCACCAUGAGCCGAGGCGGAGCGGGGCGCUACGGGCGCGGGCUGGCGGCCGCCUCUCCUUCUGCCGCGCCCUCCGGCGGGCUCGAGGGCGGCGGGGUCCCGGGGCCGGAGGAGGAGCCCGCGCAUCAGCCGCCUCAGGAUGCAUAUGUCGUGAUACCGCCCAACCUUGCAAGAAGGGAUCAGUUACAGAGAAUUGCUAAUAAAGAACUAGAAGAACUGGAGAAGUGGAAGGAGCAGCACAGACCAGGACGAAUUAAUUUAAUCCCCCAGAAGCUCGGUGGGAGAGCAUCAGAGGCUGAAGUGAGGCGAAAACAGCAAUUGGAGCACUUCCAGUCUAAAUACCAGCAAAAGUUGAAAAAAGAAGACUAUGGGAGGCGCAAGAGAGAGGCUGAAGAAGCAGAGCUUUUGAAGAAGAAAGCACUUCAAAGAGAGAAAGCUGAAAAACUUGAAGAAAAACGAAGGCAGGAACAGUGGCAAAGAAGACAGAUGUUUGAUGAAGACAACUAUGUAAAAACCACAGAGUACUUGAAUAAAUUAGCUUUAGGCCCGUGUAAGAGAACCUCUUGUCAAACAGAAGGCCGUGGUCUGGAAUCUACACCCUGGGCCAGAAGCCGCACAUAUAAGGAAAUCCAAAGACAAGAAGAAGACAGAAAACUGCAGGAGAUGAAGGAAGAGCAGCGAAGGAAGGCAGAAAUCUUGGAACUCAAACAAAGACAAGAAGAAAGAACGAGAGUAAAAGCCCAUCAAAGCAACCAGCAGAGGGUGAAUAAUGCGUUUCUGGACAGGCUGCAACACAGUCACCAGCCUGGUGGCCCUUGCCUGCCUGAAGGUUUGGGGAAUAUGGAUUUUAGUGCUGACGGCUGGGAGCCUCAUUAUUUCUUGUGAAAAGUGAACAUCUAACCCCCUCCCUCCCCGGAUUCUUCACACAAUUCUACACACAGCACUUUUAUCUGGCUUCAGAGGAAUGGACUUGGGAAACGCCCCCGGGAGCUCUUUUCGCUCUGUUCAAACACGCCUGCUUGACCUGCCCUCUCUUCUCUGUGGCUCGUAAGAUUUUCAUGCUAUUGAUUUGGUUAGGUAACACUAACUGGAUCUCGGACGAGUCCUCUUACUGCUUGUGCUGCCUGUCGCAGUGGCCCUGCGUUUCUCAAGAGGGUUUAUAUCCGUUUCUUUGGAAAUGGCAAUAAGUGAUCUUUAUAGCUUAGACUGACAAGGAAUCUGACUUGGAAAAAGCAAAAAAGCUCUUUCUGUAUACCUACUCAUUUUUAACUUAUUGAUUAUUUUUAUCUGCUUUGAAUUUGAGUCUUUUUUUAAAGAUGAAAAGAAUUCUGAAAUGCUAAA